AUGGGCCCUACCGCCCCCUCAUGCUGCUGCCAGGCCCGUAAUCUGCCAUGGGCCCCCGUACCGCCUCCUCAUGCUGCUGCCAGGCCCGUAAUCUGCCAUGGGCCCCUGUACCGCCUCCUAAUGCUGCUGCCAGGUCCAGAGUGUGUCAUGGGUCCCUGUACGGCCUCCCAUUGCUGCUGUCUCCAUCGCCACACUCUGCCAUGUGCCACUUUCAGGUCUCCUCACACUGCUGGUGGGUUCCAUUUUUGUCAUAGGGUGCUGUAUGGCCUCCCAUUGCUGCUGCCUCCACCGCCACACUGUGGCUCCACACUCUGGUUUUGGCCCCGUGACUGCCCAAAUGAGUGAAGUGUGCGGUGAUUCUAAGAUCGACGGCACUCAUCUGCAUGUCAUACUGACUGACAGUAUUAUUUCUCUUCCCCAGCAGACUCCAAGGGCAUUUAAAUUAAAGGUACAGUGUUCUGCACUAAUAUGA